AUGUUUCCGGGUCACACCUUAAAUGGCCAGACCCUUCUUGAAUUCUCUCGAUUUCAAGAAAUGGAAGGGCAAGGAGCUGGCCCAGAACUGCGGGUGAAGGCUGCUGCUCUGUGGGUCCGCGUCGCCUUCCGCCCUUCGCUCCCUAAGGACCUGAGGAGCAUCCCUGACAAGAACCUUACGCUCUGGCUGUUCAAAGUAACCAAGCCGGCCACUGUAUCUUUUACCAAUGACACGCACCUGAGUGGUAAGGAGUUCGAUGACUACACAGAAAUGGCAGCAUCCUUACCUGUCACACUAUCAGGACUGGGAUGGCUGAAAUUUGAUCUCACAUCAACAGUGCAGAACUGGUAUGCUGCUAGACAUGCUCCAAGAGAACGUCUGCGCCUUCUGGUAGACUGUUCUGGUUGUUCUGAUAUGGUGGAAGCCAUCCUUAUUGACUCCACAAGUGACCUGUACUCUCAAAGUCACCCUAGCAGUCUGGGUCUAUCCAAUGAUGCCCAGCGUCCAUUUCUAGUAGUCCACACAGAUCCAACUGCCAUUAGACGUGUCAGAAGAAGAGCAUUGGAUUGCACUGACGGAGACAAAGGUCCUUGCUGCAAAAACAAAUUUUACGUUAAUUUUACAGAAAUCGGAUGGGAAGACUGGAUUAUAGCACCUAGUGGUUACUACGCAAAUUACUGUCGUGGUGAUUGUGGUGGACCUCACAGAACGCCAGAUUCCUACGUGAACUUCCAUACACCUCCACUGGAGGAGUAUAGAAAGAUGGACAGCCUACCAGGUUUACAACCUUGUUGUGCUCCACUCAAGUUCUCAUCAAUGUCUUUAAUUUAUUGGGGUCUAGACAACAAAAUAAUAAAGAGAGAUCUCCCGAAAAUGGUUGUUGAUGAGUGUGGUUGUCCUUAGAAUAAAAACAUUCCUCCCUCAUUGUGUGUCUAUAUAUUUCCAAAAAACAUUCCAUAAACUCAUUUCAUUUAUUGUCAUUUACAUCCAUUCAAACUUCAUAUCAUCAAUUUGAAUUUCACAGCUUUUAUUAUGACUAGACUGUUUUAUUGGAAACUAGCAUGUCAAUGGAGGAAACACACAGAAUCGAAGACUGACUGAUAUUUGACUGGGUGACACUUACAUUCUUAUCUUUUCAGCUCUUAUGCUGCCUAAUGUUUAGUAAUAUAAGUAUUAAU